GAAUGCAUCAGAAAAAACUCUGACAUGCCAAGACUCUAUCAGCAUCCAAUAUUAUCAGAUGUGGUCGUGGUUGAAUCACAUGGAAGAAAAGGUGUUGAACCAGCUGUCAAGGAAGUCAUUGUUGAUAUUCCAUGUGGAAAUGCAGUCCUUAGAGGUGCCAAGGUCUAUGUACCUGGGAUCCUCAGUUAUGAUCCAAGCAUUCAGGAAGGAGACAGAGUCUCAGUCUAUUGUGACACACUGAAGAAGUGUCUCAAGGGGAGUACAGAGCUGUUCACUGGAAAGAAACAUUUCCUGGGAAAUGGAAUUGCUGCCAUAAGCAGGCACCAGAUCUUCAAGCAGAAUAUCACUAAGGGUGUAGCAGUGGACAUAUGUGAGUCAACAGUGAAUCUACCAAGUUUGGGAGAUUUCCUCACUUCAUAUGGAUUCCUUCAGAACAUUCCAUCUAUACUUUGCUGUCAUAUCUUGGGUCCUGAACCUGGUGAUAUAAUACUAGAUAUGUGUGCUGCUCCUGGUGGUAAAGCUACUCAUAUUGCUUCCCUCAUGUGCAACAAGGGCAUGGUGAUUGCAGUUGACAGGAGCAGACGCAAGGUAGAGGAAAUCUCCAGAAAUGCUGAGAAGUUGAAGAUCAUAAACUUGCAUGGAUUUGUUGGAGAUUCAACAAAAGCCAUUUCCACAUCUGCGGAAUUUAUGGGAAAACCGCAUGGACCUCCUUUUCUUCCAGAGAGCUUUGAUAAGAUACUCCUAGAUCCUCCUUGUAGUGCCUUGGGGCAGAGACCUGAGCUUGGUGGUCCCUGUCAUACUGAACAUCUGCAUACAUACCCUGGUCUUCAGAGGAAGCUUUUUGCUCAGGCUGAAGGCCUUUUGCGACCAGGUGGAACUCUUGUAUACAGUACCUGCACAAUUACUCUUCCUGAGAAUGAAGGCUUGGUGAAUUGGGCAUUACAUGAAUUUUCUUCCUUGAGGCUGGUUCCAGCAUUACCAAAGUUGGGUGGAUCAGGUUCUCAGGACUCCAAGCUGAGUACAGAAGACAGGGAGAAAGUUCAGAGAUUCUCUCCUUGUAUUUGUGACUUAUUAGAUCAUUCAUCCUGUGAUAAUGACACUAUUGGAUUUUUUAUUGCCAAAUUUGAGAAAUGCCUCCAUUGAAAUAUCC